AUGAUACGUGAGAACAGUGUGUUGUCUACUUCUACAUCUUCGAGCGAUCUGCGGGAGCUCGAGGAAGUGGAGGCGUCUGAUGUGCGCGGGGUGCGCUGGGUGCUGCGGUACCUGGUGGGCAGCUCGAUCAACCUGGUGCUUCCGUUCCUGAACGGUCUGAUGCUCGGGUUCGGUGAGCUGGUGGCGCACGAGCUGUGCUGGCAGUACAAGUGGUUCUACCACGGCCGGGACAGCGCGCACAAGAUAUUCCCUGUGUCGCGGAAAUUGCAAGCUCCGGCUCAAACCCACGAGCAAGAUCAAGAGCACAUAAGCAAGGCACAGCAUGGGUACGCACGUCUGCGGGAAAGAUGGACCUCCAUGAAGAGCAAGUUCCUGUGA